AGAUGUCGAUGCGCACGCAGAUAUUAUAAUGAGUUGAGAUAUAUCGCCAGUUUAACAAGUUAUUUGGCAGGGAGCGGACCAAGGGAAAUCGAAAAGGUUUUAAAAUGAGAGAAAUUGUUCACAUUCAGGCUGGACAAUGCGGAAACCAAAUUGGUGCAAAGUUCUGGGAGGUUAUAUCCGAUGAGCACGGUAUAGAUCCUACAGGAACAUACCAUGGAGACUCAGACCUACAACUCGAAAGAAUAAAUGUUUAUUUCAAUGAAGCCACAGGAGGCAAAUAUGUACCAAGAGCUGUACUACUCGAUCUUGAACCUGGGACCAUGGACUCAGUCCGCUCCGGACCAUUCGGCCAGCUCUUCCGACCAGACAACUUUGUGUUUGGUCAGAGCGGAGCCGGUAACAACUGGGCCAAGGGUCACUACACCGAGGGUGCCGAGCUUGUUGACUCCGUGCUGGACGUUGUGAGGAAGGAGUCAGAGAACUGUGACUGUCUUCAAGGUUUCCAACUCACACACUCCCUGGGUGGAGGUACGGGGUCUGGUAUGGGUACACUUUUGAUCAGCAAAAUCCGUGAAGAAUAUCCAGAUAGAAUCAUGAACACAUUUUCCGUCGUACCAUCACCAAAAGUCUCAGAUACAGUAGUAGAACCAUACAAUGCGACAUUAUCAGUACACCAACUUGUGGAAAAUACCGAUGAAACAUAUUGUAUCGACAAUGAAGCGCUGUACGAUAUCUGCUUCAGAACACUCAAACUUACAACUCCUACCUACGGUGACCUUAAUCAUCUUGUUUCAGCGACAAUGUCCGGAAUCACUACAUCACUCCGUUUUCCAGGUCAGCUGAACGCCGAUUUACGUAAACUCGCUGUAAACAUGGUCCCCUUCCCACGGCUUCAUUUCUUCAUGCCAGGAUUCGCUCCCUUGACCUCACGUGGUAGCCAGCAAUACAGAGCUCUGACAGUGCCCGAGCUUACGCAGCAAAUGUUUGACUCUAAGAACAUGAUGGCUGCCUGCGACCCACGUCAUGGUAGAUACCUAACCGUGGCCGCUAUGUUCCGUGGACGCAUGUCCAUGAAGGAGGUCGACGAACAGAUGCUGAACGUCCAGAACAAGAACAGCAGCUACUUUGUUGAAUGGAUCCCCAACAACGUCAAGACAGCCGUGUGUGAUAUUCCACCACGUGGUCUAAAGAUGUCCGCCACCUUCAUUGGCAACAGUACUGCCAUCCAGGAGCUCUUCAAGCGUAUCUCCGAACAGUUCACCGCUAUGUUCCGUCGUAAGGCUUUCUUGCAUUGGUAUACUGGCGAGGGUAUGGACGAGAUGGAGUUCACUGAAGCCGAGUCCAACAUGAACGACUUGGUCUCUGAAUACCAACAGUACCAGGACGCCACCGCUGAAGACGAUGGUGAAGAGUUUGAUGAGGAUGAUGAAGACGGAGAAGAAGCUUAAAUAAAACACCUUCAGCCAAUCAAAACCAUUUCUAUAAAUAGGACUUUUACCCUUUGAAUCCGACAUUUUUAUUUUUACGCGAUAAGUAACUGAAUUAGAGAAAAAAGCGUAAGUUUAAUGAUUAAUUGUAAAGUAUAUUUUGAUUUAUACAUUUCACUUCGAAUUGGAAAUAAACUGUUUCACAAUUUUCAACGCUGAACAAUCAAUUUAAACGUGAUGAAAAAAAAAUCGACAAAUAACAUGUUUUAGUGUUUUAGUACAAAUAAUUUAUUCGGUGUCGUGGCUUUUUGAUAAAGACUUUCGUUAACUACAUCAAUUGUAUGCAAAAUGUAUUAUUUAUUUUGCUUCAUUUAUUCCUACUGUGCAUGAAUCUAAGACUUUUUGUCUUCUUGUCAAAGCGUGCAGCAAUUUAUUUUUAGUUGCUAUUGUGAUAAACUGAUAGGACCAUUGCUGCCUUUACUGCAAUAAAAUGUCAUAAUUUU